AUGGCGGCUGGGUCGGGAGCAGGCCGAUCUAAGGUUUUAAACCAGUACCCUUGUACCCCUGGAUAUUCUAAAGUACAUCUUCCUAUCCACCCUGAAGAAUUAUCCAUGAAAAUACCUUUCGAGAGGCACAUUCAAGAUCUUGAUCAACGUGUGUGGGUCCUUUUGGGCCAGACACUCACAAUGGUCCCAAGGAAGGGGAAUGUGGUUCCAGUCACUGUUGAUUUAUAUCCAUGCAAAUAUCUGGAGACUCUUGAGAAGGGCAGAGGGAAUCCCAUGUACCUGGGACUGAAGGAACUACAAUGUAGCUUGUUCUGCACUAAGAUUGGAGAGGAGACCACGUUGCAGCUUAAUAAAAAGAACGUAAAGGAACUGUAUGAUGGCCCGCAGCCUGAGAAACCCUUUCUCUUUUAUCACAAUGAAGUUGGCAGUACUUCCACCUUUGAGUCUGCGGCCUUCCCUGGAUGGUUCAUUGCCACUGGCUCCAAAGGAGAAUCUCCAGUCUUUAUGACCCAAGAAGUGGGGAAAACUCAUGUCACUGAAUUUGUUUUGACUACACUGAGCUAA